AUUCACUUACUUUCGUACUCAAAACCCUAGCGAAGAGAUAUAAAUACAAUCUCACGCCUGAACUUCUUCCUGUUUACAAACCCUAGCCGAACCAGAUUUCAUCUUAAAGCUUAAUGGCGCCGAAGAAGGAGAAAGCUCCCCCACCGUCAUCAAAGCCGGCCAAAUCUGGUGGCGGAAAGCAGAAAAAGAAGAAGUGGAGCAAAGGAAAGCAAAAGGAGAAGGUGAACAACAUGGUUUUGUUCGACAAGGCGACGUACGACAAGCUUCUUUCUGAAGCUCCUAAGUUCAAGCUCAUCACUCCUUCCAUCUUGUCAGACAGACUAAGGAUUAAUGGUUCGUUGGCGAGGAAAGCGAUCAAGGAUUUGAUGGCAAGAGGUGCUAUUAGGAUGGUAUCUGCUCAUGCUAGUCAACAAAUCUACACCAGAGCCACCAAUACUUGAGAUCUUGGCUAUUGAUUUUCUCUAGCAAGGCAUGAUUUUCUUGUUUUAUUUCUAGAGUUUUGUAUUUUUAUAUUUAAGAGUUUAUAUCUUCAUUUGGGCCAUACUUUUGCUUUCCUCAGUGGUUGGUUUAUCAUGCUAUUUUUGUGACAUU